AUGCUGCCUAUCCUUCUUUUUGCUGCAUUUGGCACAGCAACGGUUACCAUACUUGAUCCAAGUGACUUUGCAGAUCUUUCAGUAGACGCAAAAGACGAUGCUCUCACAGCUGACUGGGAUUACCAGCCCCUCUCCUACCAGGCAAUUGCAGUAACCGGUCCCUAUCACUACAGUGACGUGGAGAAAGAUGUCUCUCAAAAAACUCUUUUCGUGUCAACAAAUGAUACCAGCGUGGUUGUCAUAACGCAAGACUCGCACGUCAACAUUUCCGACUCUACCAUCAUCAAACAUGGUUACUCGACUGACUUGUACCAGUCAAGCUUUUAUGGAAUCAACGCGGCAAUAAAUGUCGCAAAUGCUUCUGUCGCCUACCUCGAUGGUUUGAACGUGACAGUUCAUAACGGCGCUGCCAAUGUUUAUGUGUAUGGCAAUAAUAGCUACGCUUAUGUGUCGAACUCAGACUUGUACAGUUCGGGUCCCGUCUCCCAUGGACUUUAUGCGGCAGGAUAUGGUACUGUUGUUGGUACCAACCUACGUCACUACUCUGGGGCUUAUCGGUCAUCUUCUUUCGCCGGAGACAGUCCGAAAGGAUAUGUCCAGGUAUAUGACUCACUUUCACAUACUGCCGGGAUUGGAAGUGCCACUUUCUAUGGUCAAGGAACUAUCUACGCCAAAAAUAUUAUUGGCCAUGCACAAAAAGCUCCUAUUGCCUUCCUUGAUGGCGCGCAGAUAGAUAUUUAUGACUCCGAUCUUACCGCUGGGCUUCUUGCUGGUGCCGUAAUUUUCUCAUCAGGCACCCGCGAGUCAGGAUCUUCAAUAAGCUUCACUGACUCUAGUAUCACCGUGCUACCAGAUGCUGCAGCCGCUCUGUGGUUUGGCAAUGUAAUUGCCAGCGCAAGCUUGACACGCACUCGAAUCAAUACUACUUCCGGAAUUUUGGCCAUUGCGAAUUAUUCACAGGUGACCCAAGACUUUACUUAUUUUGCCGACUCCACUGCUUCUGCAGAAGCCACAAUCACAGUGUCAGAUUCCGACCUGACGGGUGACCUGGUGGCCUACAAUGGGAGUUCGAUCAGUUGGAGUCUCGAAAAUUAUUCUUCGUGGACCGGUUGUGCUUAUUCUGGAUACGGCAGUGCGAACUUCUCAAUUACACUGGAUUCUACGUCUAUCUGGACCCUAACAAAAGAUACUGUGGUGAAACAUUUCAAGAAUGGCGACACUAGCCUCACCAACAUCCAUAGUGAGGGACAUAGCUUAUAUUAUGACUCCAGUGCUACAAGCAAUAAGUGGCUAAAGGGUACGACCAAGAAAAUGCAGGGUGGGGGCUACUUGAAGCCAGCCUCUAGCAAGCAGUUGUCUCAUCGUUAG